AUGGACCGUCCAUGCAACGCUGCUGCUGGUAACCCGACGGAGGGUAACCUUUCGGAUGAGUAUGGGGAAUCGCUGGCGGCGGGUUACAGCGAAGAUGGUUACCGAUUUCGUAGCAUUCCGUCGCGUGAAACCAUAGAGCUGAGCUUCCAGAAUGGUGACGAGUGCGGAAGCCUUUUCGAGUUCGACGCGGGGAACCAUGAGUUUGGGCUCGAGUGGAACCAUGACGUGGCAGACCAUGACGAGGCAGACCGUGACGUGUCAGGGCUCAACGUGGCAGACGUGGCAGACCAUGACGUGGCAGACCAUGACGUGGCUGGCCAUCACGAUACAGGCCAUGACGUGGCGCAUCCCAAGGAGCCAAGUUGUGACGCGAAAGACCACACGGCGAUCGACCAAGGGGUGGGGACCUCAGUGGAAGAUCGGGGAAAGAUGCUGCACGAAAUGUCGUUGAAAGGGGAUAUGAAUUGCGCUGGGCGGCGAGAUUCAGGACAGGAGAAGAAGGAGGAAGAGAAGAGGGAUGAAGGGGAGAGGGAAUUGGCGGAAGAACUGAUGGGGGAGUUGAUGGGCCAGGGAGACGAAACGCUAGUGGAUGUAGGGAGGUGUGUGGCGGUGAGCUUAUGUGCGUCUAUCAGAGGGAUGGAGAUGGGUGCUGAGGGCAAUGGAACAACGGCAAGCCAUGAUGGCAUGGUGGGCGGUCGUGGCAUGGGUGCUGAUGGUGCAACUGGGAACCAUGAUAGCAUGCAUGGCAUGGUGAUGGUCGACGGUCAUGUCAUGGACUUUGCAGCAGGGUCAGCAAGCAAGAGGCAUUCGUGGUGCAGGCAGGGGGAGAGCGUGGAGGGAGGGUGGGAGUGCACGGAAGAGAGUGAAACUGUUGCGUCUCUUAGGGAGGCCUCAGCUGAGGUUCAUGUGAGGCAGAUGUUGCGUGCUUUUGACCCACUGCAUGCCGCCCUGACUGUCCCCACAGGGAUGGUUGCUCCUUUCACAGACAAGGCUGGGCCCUGUACGGGAAUGACCGCAGCAGAGGGCACAUCUGAGGUUCAUGUGCGGCAGAUGCUGCAUGCUUUUGACCCACUGCGUGCCGCCCUUGUGGCAGACUGCGCUGGGAACCCUCCUGCAGACUCUGCUGCUCCUGGCGUCUUACCUGCUCCACUUAAGAAUCUGACGGAACUUGCCCCGUUUGCUGCAAUCCACUGGUUCAGGUCUCGGCUCAACUGCGUGCUAAGUAAGACACUUAAGGCAAGAAGUCCCUCGUUCCACGUUACUGCUGAAGCUGCACCUGCAAGCAACCAGCCCAGACAGCCCUUCCUGCCAUCGCAGAAGCUUCUGCUCCCUUCCACGCCUCUGCAGCCACCGCCUCUGCUGCUACCGCAGCCAGCGCUGCCAAUAACACCUGCUCCAGGGACCAAACUCAUGACCCCCGAGAGGCGCCGAGCUAUCUGGGCCAUUUAUGUUUGGUGCCGGAGAACCGACGAACUAGUGGAUGGUCCGAACGCGUCCCACAUCACCCCGAGGGCUCUAGACAGAUGGGAGGAGCGCCUGGAUGAGCUCUUCCAAGGUCGACCGUACGACAUGCUGGAUGCUGCUCUCUCAGACACCAUCCAGACAUUCCCUAUGAGCAUUCAGCCCUACAGGGACAUGGUCGAUGGCAUGCGGAUGGACCUGAGGAAGUCCCGUUACCGCACGUUCGACGAGCUCUACGUGUACUGCUACAAUGUGGCCGGCACUGUGGGCCUCAUGAGCGUUCCUGUCAUGGGAAUCGACCCCAAGUCUAAAGCGCCUGUAGAAGAUGUGUACAAGGCUGCUCUGGACCUUGGAAUUGCCAAUCAGCUCACAAACAUCUUGAGAGAUGUUGGAGAAGAUGCUCAGCGGGGCCGUGUGUACCUUCCUCAGGACGAGCUGGCCCAGUUUGGCCUCUCUGACGAUGACAUCUUUGAGGGCAAGGUGACUGACAACUGGCGCAACUUCAUGAAGUUCCAGAUUGAGAGGGCUCGCAACUACUUCAAGACAGCAGAAGCAGGCGUGGUUGAGCUUGACAGCCAAAGCAGAUGGCCGGUGGGACUAGAUGUACACCUCGCCCUCUCUGUUCUGAGCCGUCAGUCAUCCCUGCUAUUGGCGCCCAACCGCGCUGCUGAACCGCCCGAUGUUGGUCUGCCUGCUGCGCCAUGCCCUGCUGCGCCAUGCCCUGCUGCCGCCCUGCAUGUAGCUGCUGGGCAUGCGGCUGCCCUGCCCGUUGCUGUCCCCCCUGCUGCUGCCCUGCCUGCCACAUCCAAUAUGCCUGCUGCUGCCAUGCCUGUUGCUGCCCAGCAUGCUGCUGCCCCACCUCCUGCUGCCCUGCUGGCUGCUGUCCUGCCUGCUGACCUGUCUGCUGUCCUGCCUGCUGACCUGUCUGCUGUCCUGCCUGCUGACCUGUCUGCUGUCCUGCCUGUUGCCCUGCCUGCUGCCCUGCCUGCUGCCCUGCCUGUUGCCCUGCCUGCUGCCCUGUCUGCUGCCCUGUCUGUUGCUGCCCCUGCCGCUGCCCACCUAUCUGUUGCUGCCGUCUCUGCCGUUGCUUUCCCUGUUUUUGCCGUCUCGGCUGCUCUCCUUCUCCUUGAGUUUCACUUCGCCGGAUUCUUUGAGACGGGCCCCCAGACGUACUUCUGUCAAUAA